CUUGUGCCCCAGGCACUGGGAAUCUCGGGACACGCACGCACGCACGUACGUAUGGUCGCUGCUGCAGUUUGGAUCAAAGCCCUUGUUUAUGUGGUCUGAACAGACAAGGGUAUAGAUAGGACCAAGGCUUCAGCGAGCAAAUUUGCUGCGAACAAGCAGCUUGGAAGUCUCAGGGUUUUGUCGUCUGAAGCCGGUUCUUGGACCUGCACUUCACCCUGCAGCACAGAAAUAACCACUAAAAGCUGGAGGGAAAAAGGGUUAAAGAGCCUUCCCUUUCACCUUACGCAAAUAGGCAAGAAAUACUUGGACAAGAAUGAUAUGUCAGGAGUGCUGUUGGGAAGAGGAACAGUUGUUUGUUUUUUAUCCUCCCCCAAAGUACAAUCUAUUUAAAUAUUUACAUGAUCUCUUGCUAAAAGGCUUUCUUUUCUUUCCUAUACUUUCCUGGUUUAUUAUUAAGUUAUGAGUGGGGGAGAGGGAGAGAUUUGUAAUUGCUAAUUCUUCCACUUUGUUGAAAAAGCAUAUCGUUUUAUUUACUCACAGAAAUAUGGUGGUAGUGUUUUCUAACAGAUUUAAAUGAUUUCACUCAGGCUUGUGCUUUGCGGUUUAAUAUUAUUGCUUUCCUCUUUUCAUGUACUUUAUGUAUUUUAUAAUCUUAAUAGGCUAUCUGAACACACAGUAAAAAUAGGAAAUUUCAGAUAAUACAACCUUGAAGAGAAAGCAGUGGAAGAGUAAUGUUAUAUGUAAUUUCAGAAGAUUAAUAUAGAUAAUAAAGCAGUCAUAAAUGCAGGAAUUACAUAUUCAGCGUUUUAUAAACAGUUCUGAAUGGCCACUAGGUCCUUCACUGAUUAACACACACCUGUUCUAGUCUUGGUCACAGCCUGUGUAUCUGUUCUGCGUAGACUCUCCUACUAUGUCACUGCAUCUAAAACUGUGUAACUAUUCAAGGCAUCUAUUCGUAAGUGUUAGUUUAAAGGAUCAGCAAUAUUUAAUGACACGAAACAUCUUGGAUUACAAAGCUUUUGCAGGGAUGGGAAAAGUAAAAAUAGAGCUCCUUAGGGUCCAGGGGACAGACUUCAGCAAGUGGUUAGUAUUACACCUAGGAAGUCAUCUUUUUAAAUCAAUAGAUCAUAGGAGACACUGCAGUUUAACAUGUCUGUAGUCUUUGUUGGACUGAGGCCUUGAUCAUAAAUCACAGUUCAAAAUUAAAGGAAUUUCACUUCAAUGUAAAAUGAAUUUUACAAGGAAUGUGUUUUGCACACAAUACAGACCUUCAAGACACAAUUUGAAAGUAAUUUAGCAUGAGAAAGAGUCUCUAUUUCAUUUUAGAGUAGACAGUAUUUCAUGUUGUCUUUUCAUGGACUUAAUUUUAGACAUGCAACUGAUGUACAAGACGAGCUGUUUGUUUUUGAAGAGUAGUAUGUAUGUACCCUAGGUAGCCUUCAAAAAGUAAAGAUUCCCCCCCUUUUGUUGAAGUGACUGACAGAACUCUGAGAGGCUUUGGCAAGGUUGGUACUUCGUUCUCAAAAGUUUGCAGCUCUGUUAUUUUGGAAGUAAUCCUUACUCUUCUAUAAUUACCCAUAUAAUCCCCUUGUCAAAGACUGUGGCAAAAGUGGCAAUUAAAAAUUAAGCAGAAAAUAUAUUUUAGUGUAUGUAGGCUCAGGUGCAGGAAAGCCUUUAAGUAUGUGCCUGAUUUUAAGUGGCUAUACAGCGAUGGUGUGAUCUAAAUCUCAAAUACAGCUAGAUUUUAGUUAGUAUCCAGAACACUCUUCUAUCUGGACGAGACCCCCCCCAGUUUAAUGUUGAAGUGCCUUUGGGCACUACAAAUCCCAGGAAGCAUUGCCAUUAGCAGCUUUGUGCAACCGGAUUGGCAUCCUGCAGGGACCAAUGGCAGGCAGAGAAUUCAAGAAAAUUCAUGUGUGUCAGCUGCCAGUAUUAAAAAGCACUGGAGAGAGCUGUAGACCUGAGUGGAAAUUCCCUGUUUCCCUGGGCUGCUUUGAAACCUUUGUGUGAGCUUUGUAUCGAUACUCUAUUUUACACCCUCUGUGCCUUGGCUUGAAAAAGCCCGCUGGACUAGUCCAGAUGGAUGCAAUUCUGAACUGCAGACCAGAUGACUUGGACGAUUACUACAACUUGCUAGGAUGCGAUGAACUAUCUACGGUUGAACAAAUUCUUGCAGAAUUUAAGAUUAAAGCUCUUGAAUGUCAUCCUGACAAACAUCCUGGAAACCCCAAGGCAGUGGAGAAUUUCCAGAAGCUGCAGCAAGCUAAGGAGAUUCUUACUAAUGAAGAGAGUCGAGCACGUUACGAUUACUGGCGACGAAGCAAAAUUACCAUUCCGUUCCAGCAGUGGGAGGCUCUGAGCAAUUCUGUGAAAACGUCAAUGCACUGGGCUGUCCAAAGUAAGAAGGACCAAAUGCUGGAAGCUCCUGACUUGAAUAAUACCAACAACAUAACUAAUGAGAUUUGGACCCAACAGACUGAAAACAAUGAAGACGGAUUGUCAGAUGGGAACAGGGAGCAAGAAGAUGUUGCAAUUCCUGAUGUGAAACCGCAGCCUUCAAAGAAUCCAGACUCCCCGAGAUUUUCAGAGGCAAAUUACUGGCACCUGCGUUUCCGCUGGUCAGGGGAUGCUCCAUCAGAGCUUCUAAGGAAAUUCAGAAACUAUGAGAUCUAAAAUGCAAAAUACGCAAGAGCGUGAGAUCAUCUGUUCAACGAUUCAGCACUUUUUUUUUUUUGUCAGCAGUUAUAAGUUAUUUGGAUUUUGUAUUCAUUCAUUGUGAUGUGAAAGUUGUUUGAAUAAAUGUCUUAAUACAGAUUUGUUAACACACGUGCUGUGAGCAUUACAGAUGGAGGUCUUUUUGUUUAAUAAACAAACUUUAAUAAGCAAAGCCUUUUUCAGUAUUAACAUAAAGUGAUUUUGUGAAGUUAUCUGACAGCUUAUAUAUUGUUUCUUGUAUUCUUAAGUAUUGUGUAGUGAAUAAUGUUUUUCUCAAUACUGUGCUGUUAUAAAGUAUAUGCUCUUGGUAGAACCAAAAGUCAAUGUUAGACUCCAGCAUAUCAUCCUAUUUAGUGAUGAUCUUCCAAAAGCUAUAUGACAAUGAACUAAGCAAACUGUGCUUAUUUGUAAACUAUAUGUACUCUGGUUCACUUCUCCAUUUCAUUGUACUUACUGUAGUGAUUUAUAAUGCAUGCAUGCACAAUACUAUUACGAACUUAACUUAUUGGAGAAUUGUGAUCUUAUGAUAUAGAUGAAAUAAGAACCUGCUUAUUAUUCAAUAAGGCCACUGUGAUAUAUCAAGCACUAUUAAAAAUCACUUGUUUUCUAUCUCAACAAGUAUACUUUUUGUACCAGCUAUUUAUUUUGGAAGGGAGUUCCAGAACUUCACUUCUCCAGUUAGCAACUUUCUUCUUCUUCAGAUUUAUUGGUGGACAGCUGAUACCCCUUCUAUGUGUGCCAGCAUUGUACUGUGGCUUACCAGUCAUUUCCCUCUGCUCUGGCCUGGUAGGCAGGGUCUUAUCUGGGUUUUGUAUGGUGAGGAACGAAGAAUCGGGCCAGUCAGCAAUAAUAUGUACAAAAUCUCACAUGAAAGGUUUUUUGAUAUUUUGGGCAAUUUUUCAAAUUCUACACUCACUGUGUUUAUUUUGCAUUUGCUUUCUUCUUUGUAAACCUGACUAACGUGUCAGGUAUUGACAUUGUGGUUUUGUGCAGACAGGUCAUUCCAUCAGCAACAAAUAAAACUGCAUGCAUAGGGAAAGGAGUUGCUUUCAUUUUUUAAAUUGAAAUCUUCCACCCACCAUAGAGUUCCCUUUUGAAUUUCUUGUUAUUCGUGCCCUCAGUGGGUAAAAACCUAAGGGCAGUCCAGUUAUGAAUCCCGGGCAUCUCCAUGGAAAGUCUAAUCUGAACGCUACAGUCUUCUCCUGACAUGGAAGCAGUAUGACAAUGUCUGCUUCUCCCCGGAGCGGCAUGUUUGGGUCUGCUGUGCAGGGCUAUGAUGUGCUGACUGACCUACUGUUCUUCUCCUGUUUGUUGCCUAUUUGCUAUAAAUUGUAACACAAGUGCCUGCCCACGGAUCCCUGAUAAUACAUAUAUCUUAUUAACCUCAUUAGUAUUUUUAUUCUGGUGCCUGUUGUCUUUACAGGGGCUGAUGCCAGUGUUAAUGCUAGUUGUGUUUGUACCAGUUUAUAAACUCUUAGAGUACUGGUGUUCUGCUGAUACAGCUACAUUGAUCCUAGAUUUGAUGGCAAUAGCUAGUUUUGCGGCACAUCAUCCUGCUUAUCCAAAAUCUUUUCUUUUUAUUCUACGUGUUUUUCCUUUGCAUGUUUUGCAGCUGAAAACAUUAUAGAGAUGAGAUUAAUAAUUCUCUGUAAUAUCUGCUAAAUGUAAUUACAAAUUUUCUUCUAGUACAUAUAUUGCUUUCCUUUAUAUAAAGGUAUUUGCUCAAGAAA